AGUUUCCUUGUGUGAGAAGUGGGGGGAGAGAUGUACGCGUUUUGAAGUGUCAUUACGGUUGUUUUGUUGGUGCUGGCAGUUCGUGUGGAUUGCCAGGUCGAAGUUAGUGCCCGAGUUGAGUGCGACAAUAUAUCUGUCGUGGUGUAAAACAAAUCUUCAAGGGGGCGAGGAAAUAAAAAAAACGGAUAAAACUCAAAAGGUAAAACUCUUACAGUGUGAAUAAGUUUCAUACGGGCCGUGAGACGCACGUUUAUAUCAUAUUUUGUAACACACGAGGAGUGAGUACCAGUUUUAAAUACAAUAUUUUUUCUUUUGCAGACGACGUGUGCAGUACAUGUGUGUUGCGGGUAUCGUGUUAAGUGCAGCUCAGUAAGUCACUUCUGGAUGAAAGGGAUUGAAUAUAAUUACAGACAUGAGUGGAAGUAUGACGCUGGAGGUAUAGUUGGGGGGGGAGGGGGGGGAGAAGCUUAGGUGCCAGAGCUAUGACCGAUGGGACAUAUCUUUCUCACGAACUCGACUCUAUAAUCAACGUAACAUAUAAGCUUUUUAUUUUCGUCAAAUACGUCUCUGAACUAAUGUCAAGCCAUUUUUCUGAAAUAGAUACUCAUGGGAUAUAAUUUAAACUAGUUGAGAUUUGUUGGUAGAAAAAAAAAUGCCGAUUCCCCACUCCCACCAAAUGUCUCUAUUUUUUUUUUUUUUUUUUAGAAUCCCCAACUGUGUCAUAGUUCCAAGACAACUAAAAUUUAAAGCAUUGGCGGAGAUCCCGGUGAACGAAAUCUGUUUUACCCUGGCGAAGACUCAGGGUAAUGAAUAUGUUUUAAACAUGAGAGAAGACGAAGUGACUGGAAUAAAUGAUGCGAAAUUAGCAAAGCUAUAAUAGCCAGCAACAUGCAAUGAUCUGGAUAUUUUUUUUAAAAUAACAGCUUUUCAAGAUGCCCCACACCCCUUUACACAUCCUCCCUCCCCCCACGAUUUUGCCUGACUUUUAAUACCGUUACUAAAUCCCCCAGAGUAGGUCUGGAAAAUUUGUAUUUAAAAAAAAACAACAAACUGUUAAAGCAUCCAGCGAAAUAUGUUUUAGAAAAGUUCAAUAAAUACAAUUAACAAAUCUUGAUAUCAGGCUUUGACAAAUGAAAGAAAGAAAAAUAAAAAAAAAACAACAGCAACAAAAAACAUUUUUUUAAGGUUUGCUCUUUUGAUUAAUAAUUCAGUUUCUGCCGGAUAAUAUAUUUAGAUGUUUGCUUCUGUCAUUAAGUGAAAUUUUAAAUUAUUGUUUUGGGCUACAUAAUUGUUUUUGACGUAAUUUUUCUGAAUUGUCGUAUAUUUGAAUACUUCAGUUUCAGAAGUAAUGAGCAUUUCGAUCUCGUGACAUCAAGUUUGAUGUUUGUUUUAAAUUUGGAAUCGACAUUUAAAAAAUAAAAUAUAUAUAUUUUCUUUGGCAUCCGCUAAAGAGGCUAGUCGUUUUUUGUUCUGGGCGAGAGGUGAUUCGGCACCAGUCGCCUUGAAGAGAUUGGGUUAGAUAAAAUUUUUCCAUGAUGAAAUUAGAUUGGGUGAUUUGUUCCUAGGUGAACUGAGAUGAGGUGUUUGUCUCUUUGGUGACAAUGUACAUGUCUGCUUCGCUGGUGCAACAAGUUGAGAUUGUUGUGUUUUUGUUGAUAUGAUAUUCAAUUUUCGUCCCUUUGGGGACAUCCUAGUUCUAAAGGUUUGUCUCUCCGUAGAGCAAAGGUCGAAUGGUCUUCUACCUGGUGAAAUGAGAUGGGAUGUCUGUUCAACUGGUAAACAAUGAUUAGACGUUUGUAACUUGGAUAACUUCGUAUACGAUUUUUGUCGAAUUGGGGUCAUAAUGCACUUUUUGCUCCCAUCAGGGAACCCAUGACUGAAUGUUUGCUCAACUGGUAAAUAAAUAUUUGAUGUUUGUAUCUUGGGUGAAACCAAGCAAAAAUUGUGUGCCUCUGAUUUCGCAUUAGAUGGUUGUUUCCCUGGCGGGCAGAGAUUGGAUGUUUGUAUAACGGGUAAAAUAAGAUGACAUGCUUCGACCGUGGGUGACGUGGUGCAAGGUGACUGCUCUGUUGGCGUCGUUAAGCAUUUGGUUCUUUCCGGAGAACAAAGAACGGCCAUCGCUCUGUCCGGCGAAAUGAGAUUUGGUUUUCGUCUCUUCGGCGACAGCAGAGCAGAAUUUUGGUUGCACGCUGGAUCAGGAUUAGGGUCUUGCUCUUUCGGUGAUCCCCUAUUCAGUUGGCUCCCCCCUGGCGCGAUAUGAUUGGACAGUUUUACCUUUGGUGUAAUGAUAUUAGUUGUCUGUGUCGUCUCCGGUGAAACAAAUGUAAGCACUUUCCUUUUGGGCGCAAUGGGGUCAGUGGUUUGCUUUACUAGAGACAUUGUACACGAUCUAUUCUUGAAUACAAAAAAAAAAAAAAAAUUAAAAAAUUAAAAAUAUAAUCUGGUUUGACGUUCGUUUUAAAUAUCUCACAGCAUUUCUGAUCGAUCGGUGCAGCCCUCUUUGAGUUUUAGUGAUACCAGUCAAGAAAAUCCUCUUUCUACAGACACGAUUUUAAAUAAAUGUUUCCAGUGGCUCCAGUGACAUGUUUGCGUUUCCGGUGACGAGUAGCUUUGAUGCGUUUCAUCUGGAGGGGCCAGAGCACCGAACACGCGUGCACGUUCAUUGUUAGGGGGGAACAAAAACAAAACGGAGCUACCACAACAUCCACCCGAGGCUUCAACGUGACAGUGAUGACAUUGCUGAAAUGGGAAUAAGAAAUACAAGAUAGAUCGUGACAUCAUUUAUUCAUUUAUCAAUAGCUGUUCUAUUCAAUUCUCUUCUUGUGAGGUGCGUUGAGGACGCUUUCAUCUGCUAAGGAAAAGUAAUCUUUAAAAAAAAUAAAACAAAAUAAUAUAAAAACCCACAACCUUUAUUUCCCAAACCAUUCAUUGUUUUUUUUUUUUAAUUUUCAAGAUGUGUUUCUAAAAGCUGAAAAUAGAUCAAAUGACUCUUUGCUUACUUAGCCCCUUAUUUUUUUUCAUAAAAAUAUAUUAAAAAAAAAAAAAACAACGAUAAUUCCAAUGUAAAAGCUUAGAUUGAAUUUGACUUGAGUGCUUUUUGUUUUGGUCGUCUUUUUAGUUCUCCGUGUUUUUUUUAAAACUUCUUUGUAAAGGGAGGCUAGUCAUCAAACCCGCGGUGCCUGUAAAGGUGAGUUAAUCUCGGACUUUAAACAAAUGAAUAGACGAAUGUGAAGGUUUGGCGUAAGAUUUCUUGAUUUCCGGCAUUCCCCCCUGCUCUCUCUCUCUCUCUCUCUCUCCCCCCCCCUCCCACUUAAAAAAAACAAUAAACCCUUGCGCUAUGGACACAACUUUUAAAACGAAACCAUUUUUGUGUGUGUUCUUCUGUUAAGGUAAGGAUCAUCGCUAUAGGACGGCGCCCACCUCCAUGAAUUCACGUGUAUAAUGCCCAAGCAGAAAUUUGAGUUUAAAGAUAUCAAUAACUUCGAAAGCAGUGACGCAGACAUGCACGCGAGCAGAAGCGGAUGUUACGUCAGCUCCCUUGUUGGAUUCGUCCUGGUACUUUUGGUAGCCGCCAUCGCUGUUGGAGUGGGCAUCAUAGUUCACUUUGCCGGCGGUAACAGGGAGGUCAUAUGCAAAUGUGAGCCGGUAUCAACGGGUGACGCUACAGCCGAGGCUGUCAUGCAACAAUGCACGGACAUGGCCAGUGCAGGAAAUGAAGAAAUCUGUGAGUAAUAUACAUAUCUGUACAUCUUUAUUAAAUUAAUCCCAUAGGCUAUUUAGGAGAAUUCUAUGAACUUUUAUAUUACGAAUAUUGGAUAUGAUAGCGCAGGAAGGGAUGGGGUUAGAGGGUUGGGGUGGGGUAGCUAUUCGUGAUGGACAUUUUGGUGGUGACAUUUUCAGCCCUACUGCAAUGUGGAGAUUUAUUUUUCUAGAGAUUUCAACGGACCAAUAAAGACGCAAACCUAAUUAUAUUUUUUAUGCAUCACUAGUUUUUACUAUAUAACUGUAUUUCGACCAUGACCAUUAUAAUUAUAAUCAUCGCAUUCGUGCUAGUUCUGAAAUUGGUUGUGGGUGCGCAGAUGGCUGAUGAGACCGCGACUCUGGUACGAAAUGUUCUUGUGCAGUAAGUGCAGGGGAUUGAUGGGACAGUUCCAGGAUGCAGAAAUGUACCGCGGUCUUUUCUGGCAUGUCUGUUGUGUGCUGUAGCGCCGCUGUUCAGUUGGAUCCGUGUUUUACCAACCAGUUAUCUGUCACCCCUUUUAUUCAAAAAACAACUUGAGUAAAAAAAAAAAAAGUAGUAUAGGAGAAUUAAAAACAAACCAAACACUCACAAGCAGGUUAAACUAUCGACGGCCCAGAACAUUUACAAGUGUGGCUCAACUAAAAAAAAAGGUGACGGUCUAAAGAAACUUGGAGGGCCAUAGGUUGUUUGACUUUUAGCAAACCAUGUGUUCAUCAAGCCAUUGCCACGGCCACACCAUAGGUUGUUUGACUUUUAGCAAACCAUGUGUUCAUCAAGCCAUUGCCACGGCCACAUUGGCAAACAAUGUUCAAAUAUCUAAUAUAGUUGGAGUAUACAUAUUUCUUGUAAAGUAUCAAUGGAUGCUGCCAAAUUUCAACAGAGGGCUGAUUUUUGGAGCGAUUUCGGGGGUCAUUGCAAGUAAAUCGAUGCCACCAGCUUCAAAAUAACGCUUAUUGGGACCAAACCAAUAUGACUCAUUCAGGGACUAUUUUAAAAUGUAAUUGGUUCAUCCAUUAGCAGUUGAAAUGCCCUAGUGAAUUAAAAAAAAAAUAACUGUAAUUUUGGACUUCAAACUUGUUAAUAGACUUAUCAGUGAGGUUUUAAAUAAAAUGUUCUUGUAAAAUCCAAAGUCAACCCUUUCAGCAUUUUCCACAUAAUAUCACAAUUUUGACAAGUUUUAAAAAAAAAAUUAAUAAAUUAUGUUCUUCAAAAAUUUGCAAACUUGGAAGUUUAUCUAUGUUUUGAAAUGACGAAAGAUUUUGGUUUGAUCAUAUAUAAACUUUCCAUUACCUUGUAUUUUCCCGUUGAGAUUAUUAAGGUAUCACUGCCAGUUUUCUGAGUAAAUUGUCAGCAUCUGAUUAUUGACAGAGAUUUUGAUGAAGUGUACCGUACAACGAUCCAGAACUUUUUCUUGACUAAACCCAAAGAUUUAAAAAAAACAUUUUUUUUUUGUUUAAACAAUGAAGUACUGGUACUCACAUCUUGUCAAUAUUUUAGGGGUCGUCCAUUAUGACAUCAUGCAUCGGGGUGGGGGGGGUCACGACCUACUAUGCUGGCAUCGCAGUUUAUUGUAUGCAAAUAUACACCUGAUAGAGUUUAUAUGGAAAAUAAAUUAAUAAUAUUUGGUAUGUUGACUCCAUACGGUAUAAAACAAAUUCACAAUUAUACAUAGCUACAAUGUUGUUUUUUGUUGUUGUUUUUUUAAAUUUUUUACAUCCAUCCAUUUCCUUUCUAUUCUUCAGGGCUAUGUUGUUAUUAUUAGGGACUUUUGCCCAUUCUUAUUCUCUUCCUUCAAUUUAGGUAGCAUAAUAUAUGUAUAUAUAUAUAUAUUUAGGAAUUUGCCAAUUAUGUGAAUAUUCUAAUAGCAAAAGCGUUUGCUCAAAAAGCUUAAUGUCUUUCCCCAUUUUUUUUUUUACUUGAUCCUCGUCUGUGCCCCACCCCCACACAUCUCUAUCACAUGCUGGUAAGAGUCAUUACAAACGUGACACUCGGGGCGGUCACUCCCUUCAAUCACGAUCAGGAGGAAUCGCGAAUGUUUUGUACGAGUCACUAAAAAUGCUAGCAAAAGCUUAUUUAUAGAGUUUAACCCAUAAUUAUAACCUAAACCAUGCUCCCAAAACACUUAUGUUCCAUUUAAAAGUUUGCGUGUCGUUUACAGUGAAAGAAAGGGUUCUCCAGGCAAAUGGGGAGUACGAUGACCUACUGGUGACUGUGAAAAAACGCAAACUACAAUGGUACGGCCACGUAACAAGGAAACAAGGGCUUGCCAAAGAAAUAUUGCAGGGCACCACAAGAUGAGGGAGAAGAAGAGGAAGACAAAGAAGAAGAUGGGAGGAUAACAUCAAGGAGUGGACAGGACUAACACUGGGCGAUGUGUGCGUAGUGCAGAAGACAGAGACGAAUGGAGGAGGAUAGUUCACAUGUCAUCUGUGGCGCCCCAACGGUCCAAGGACUAAGGGACAUGAUGAUAAUGAUGAUGAUGAUGUUGCUACGUAGUUGGUAUUGUGACGCUUUCUGGGUGUGAGGUGCUCAAACUUUGAGCAAGGCAAAGCGGGAAAACCUAACGUCAAACUGAAUAUAGCACGACAUUCUUGAGAGAAAGAGUAAAUAAUGCGCAACCCCGGGAGAAACAACGCCGCCACUGCCACAGGAGAAGUUGCUGCCGUUUUUCAAAGUGCAGAUAGCGCAUCCCGAGAAAAGCGGACAUUUAUCUAAUCAUGAGUAGACUCUGUGACCCAAUGUGCUACCCCUUUCUUUUUCCGUAUGGGGAUUCAGGGUGGUCCCAGAGGCGUAGCGAGGGGGGCAGGGGGUCAAAUGUCCCAGGGCGCCAGCUAGUUAGGGGUGCCAAAAUGUGCUUUGAUAUUCUAUUAUUGGUAAAAAUAAUGGGUUUGAGAGUUGAAAAAAAGAAAAGGGGGCGCUUUAAAAUUGAUCUUGUCCCCGGGCGCGAAUCUUGUCCCCGGGCGCAAAACACCCUCGCUACGCCUCUGGGUGGAUCAAAGAUCUAAAGAAAGCUUUUGUUCAAGGGAAUGUGUCCCAGCUGCAAUGGUAUCCAAACAAUUUUUCUAUCCAUGAUGGAAACUUUAACCAGUUCCUUAAGCUGAAGACUAUAGGCCUACUAUGAAUAAUAUGAUGUUCUUGGCCGAUUUGUGGUAACACCCAAAAUUCGGACGUUAAUACAUUGCCUGGAAAGAAAGAUAUAUUGCCUUCAACCUGAACAAGGAUUCCAAGAAAUAUAACUAAAAAUUACCAUAUGGCCAUGGUCAAGAAAUAUGGCAAACCUGACUUAUUUGUAACAUUCACGUUUAAUCCUAAAUGGAAUGAAAUCAGGGAAAACUAACUUCCCGGCCAACACUCAUGCCAUCGGCCAUAUUUUAGUAGCAAGUGUUUGAGUUGAAAAUGAAAUAAUUCUUGAAGUGAAAGUAUUAAAUGUAAGUAGUUUAUCUGAAUGUGAGAUAUUGUGUAAAAGGAGAUUGAGAUUUUUUAAAUCAACAAUUACCAAUCAGCUCAAUAUAAGGCCUACUAUUUACUUAUUAUUAAUUUGUAGGCACAUUUAUUGGGAUAUCAUGGAAGCGAAUUAUUUCUAUUACGUGUCAUAAUUGCGAAAUUAAAUUAAAAUUUAUGUGUAUAGUUAUUUUAUGUUAUCCUUUAAAAAAAUGGCUCAAACAAUAGUCUUCAACUUAAAUAACUUAAAUUCAAUCCCAAUUAUAUACUUAGAAACAUUCUUUAAAUGACACCAAUUGCGUGUUCAUCUAAUAUGACGAUAUUUUUUUCAUGACAAUGACAGGGAAACUUAACACUCAACAUCUAUCAGAAUAUUUUUUAAACGAACACAAGACAAAAACUCUUUUGAAAAUGAAGUCGUAAAUAGUAUAAAGAGAAAAUUUAACAGGUGAAGCAAUCCAGUACUGCCAUUUACCUUUGGGUAUUUCUACGAUUUCUUCCCAUUUAGAUUAUUGCUGACACAUUUAUGUUCUACUUUCAUAGCGGUGCUGGGACAAAAUUAACCUCACAACUUUUCUGCCUGACACAUUUAUCAGGGAAUAAUAAUAUUGGUGAUAACCCACUAUUCACCGAGAGUGCAAACUAUAAUUAUAUCAGCUUCAUGGUGGUAAAAAGAUCAAGUAAUCAAGAUAGGCCUACAGUUGCAGAAAAAAGAAGGCACAUUCCCUUCUUGGUUUAAAUUGUUAUAUUCUCAGAUAAGAUAUACUUUUUUUUUUUCAAUUUGAAGGAGACUAGACCCAGCACUUGCAGUGAACAGAUACCACCAUGACAUGCCAAUGAUUUACCAAUUUUUAAAAUUUCUUAUAAAUGUUAACUUAAAGGAAAAGGAGCGUUUUUUAAAUGAAAAAAACUAAAAUAUGAGGAGUUGUCAGAGUAGCGUCAGUGAGCCUCAGUCAGUAGGGUAGGCCUACAGUUACAGCAUAAUCAUAAUGGCAUAUCUGACUUCUUCUAGUCUAGUUACUAUUACUGUGAAUUUGAUAUCAUUUUAUGAUGAAAAUAUCAUGUAUUUAAAAAUACUCUUAACAAAGUCAUUCAAAUCUAGGGCCAACAUUUAUUUUUUGUAACUAGUAGUACAUAAAAAAAAAAAAAGAUUAGCCCUAGAUUUUAAUUUGCAAUGUAAACUAUGUAUAUUAAAAAUAAUUAUUAAAUAAGUGGCCAAAAAUGUUAUAAAAAAAAAUAUGUUUGACACCUUUUGCGACAGGUCUGAAGUGUCCAACUUCCUCUAGUACACACAACACAAUUACGCAAACUGGUUCACCUGGCUGUGGCAAUGUAUCAACAACUGACCUUCCAUCCCCAACAUCUACUACAAGCAUCGCCGUACAAACAAGUACCCCAGCUCAAACAAGCACCCCAGCACAAACAAGCACCCCAGCAACAACACUUCCUAAAGAUGUUCGACUUCCAACAUCAGUGCUACCCAUUCACUAUGAAGUUGAGAUUCACCUCUACAUGAGUGGCUCUAAUGCUACUAACUUUAUGUUUAAGGUAACUUGAGUUGUAAUAUGAAAACAAAAUUAUUUAUCUUCUUUUAUGUAGCCCUCCUACCCUUUUUUUUAAAAAUAGUAGAAAUAUAGGUAUAUUUUAAAGUGAUAUUACUAAUCACAUUUAAAGUGAAAAGCUAAGAAACCUUUAUCAUUAUGAAUUGUUUAAUACUUUGUUACCUGCAGAAAACACAUAAAGAGUUUUUCAUUUUUCACAUAUUAAAUGUCAAUUACCAUUCAUACAUUUUCUAAUGAGCAUUCAAUAUUUUUCUUCCUGAAGGGCCAUAUCAAAAUUCAUAUAAGUUGUGUUAAUGCUACAAAUAACAUUACACUGCAUGUCAAUGUUCUUAAAGUGGAAACACAAACUAUUCGAUUCCGUGGAGAAUCUGGCACCGGGUCAGUUCCCGCAUACACAGAAACAGAGGAAGAUAAGGACAGGCAGUUUUUUAUCAUCAAGCUUGAUAGGGAUAUGGAGGUGAGAAGAUUUAUAUUUAUAAGUUGGAAGGUAGUGGUUCCAUAAGUAAACAAAAAAUGCUGCCUAUUGGUUGAUAGAACUAGAUUGCUGCUGUUAAUUGUAAGAGUGGAUAGCCAUUUAAUUUAUCAAUUAGUAAUACAGUGAUACAAUUUUAAUGAAAUAAAAAUAGAAUUUAUAAGAAAUCUUGUCCUUAGAAAAGCUGUUCUCAUCAGCUGUUACUUAUAAGAGUUUCUACUCUUAAUUUGGGUAACUAUUACACUAAAACCUAAAGUGAUAAUUAAUGAAAGACAGUUGUGUAGCUUGGCCAAUAUUUAUAUAAAGAAAAAAGUGACGACCCCUCCACCCUCAUCCUCACCUUUCUAAGGCCACCUGUGAAAUGGUAUAGAAACCAUUUCAUUCUUAUUUUAAUAUUUGAAUCUAAAUGUAUCUAUUAUAUUUUUAUACUAAUGUUUUAUCAGAAUGGUCAGUAAACUAAAAAUUAAUUUAAGAACAUGCAGAGACUAUAUUUUGUCAGCUUACCUCUAAUUUUGUAAAUGUUAUCUACUACUUGAAUUUCCUUUCAAUUUAUCUUGCAUAUUUUUAGGAUGCCAGUCUACAAACAAUCUAAAGUUCAUAAAUUUUUUUUUUAAAAUUCACAAAGGCUGGAAAAACUUAUACAUUGGAGAUGAACUACACAUCUCCUCUGCAGAGCAAAGAUCUGAAUGGAUUGUACCUCACAAGCUAUAAUAGAAAUGGACAACCAGUGUAUGGUUUUUAAUAGACUACCCCAAGUUGUCAGUCAUUAUAGUUCUAUUUGUUUACUCUUUUAUUAACAGUUUCAAAUAACUGAUUUAAAAAUUAGCAAAAGAAAUUGGAUACAUUUUUUGUAUAAUAUAAAGAUAAAUAUCAAUGUCUGAACUGAUUUUUGUAUUUAAAAAAAAAAAAGAAGAAGCUUUUUGAAAAUAGUUUAUGUUUAAAACUAAAAUUGAAAUUUUGAGAUAUACACCAGAAAAAACUUAUAUUACUAUUUGUGCAGCUCUUCAAUAAAGAGUGUUUUUGAAAUUCAUUAAUAUGUAAAACUUAAACUGCAAGAGUUUAACAUAAAAACAUAUUUGAAUUAUCUUGCUGCUAUUAAUUUUGGAGAUUUUUAAAUACAUAUGUUCGAUCUAUAUUGUAUUUGUAAAUAUCUAUAAAUUCAGGUACCUGGCAGUUACUCAGUUCCAAGCAACAGAUGCUAGGAAAGCCUUCCCAUGUUUUGAUGAACCAUCUUUCAAGGCAACGUUUGAUAUCACCCUCAUCCGUCCAGAAAAUCUGAUAUCCAUCGCCAAUAUGCCCCAGAAAGAAAACACAACUACAAUGUAAGCCAAGUUCAAGGGAGAAUGAAUAUUAUUAUUUUUUUAAAAUUAAAAACUGGCAAUAGCCUGGUCUCCUAAAGAACACUCUACACUGAUCUUUACGAGGCUGGUGUAAGAGCUCCACUUAGGGAAAAAGACUUACUAUUACUUGCACAGUAGAAAUAAAUUUAUGGAAGUUGGUUUGAUAAUGUGUUAAGAUGCAAAUAAUUCUUGCUCCCUGAUCUGCUAGCCACCCUUAGCACAUAUAAUUAUCACACAGGGCUUAUGUUUAUCAUCUCACAUCUGUCAUGCGCUCAACUCCACUGUGUUGUUUUAAAAUGAAACCCAAUAAUGUAGUAAAAAAAUAAGUAAUAAGUAACACCACAGAGUGUACCUUCAAUACUGAGAACAUUCAUUGGUACUUGUUGUAUUAUUCUUUUUCUUAUGAAAUCUGUUUCUUAUAUGUUUAUGUUGGUUUAUCAUACCAAUUUGGUUGUCAACAACUUUUUUGGUUGAGAUUUUUUUUAACUUGGGGAUUUACCUCCUCUCCAAGAAUGCCUGAUGACAAAUUACUCCAUUGGGAUUGUGUUUUUGUAUUAAACGAUUUUUUACUGGGUGCCAACAAACAUUAACUUAUAAAUUUUUAAUUUGUGUCUUCUUUGCUCAAAGAAAUGAAGAAGGAGUAACUUAUGUCAAGGAUGUUUACCAGAGAACCCCCAGGAUGUCUACAUAUCUGGUUGCAUUUGCAGUGUCUGAUUUCAAGUACACCUACAACACCACAAAAAAUGGAGUCCUGGUAAGUGCUGAGGAAAUGCUGGACAAUCAAGUGUGACAAAUGGUUAAAUUAACAGGUUUCCAACACAAAGUCUGCUCUGAAAUCCUGUUCUGUGACCUUUUUGAACAUUUUGAAAUUAUAAUUAGGAAAUAUAGAAAGGCCCUCUCCCAAUCAGAAAAACAAAAUAACACUUUUUAUAUCAUGGAAAAAAACCAAAAACAAUUAAAGCAAUUACUUAAAAAACUAUCAUAAAUAUAAAGAAAGUAAUUAAAAUAAAUUAUAAGGAAUAAUGAAACUUGUGGGAUUUACACUGUUCCACAACAUUUACAUUUAAAACUAAGUUUAUUCAUGUUAAGCAUAUAAAUCUGCUACUUUAUUUUAACACAGCAUCUUUUCUCUUUGUUUUUUUUGGUAUAUCCAUUAACAUGUUAUAAUUGCUCCAAUUUUCACUCUAAAACAAUCAUUGAACAUAGUGAGAUAUCUGCGUCUUGAAAAGUGAUUCACUUGAAAUAAUUAAAGCAUGCUGCUCUCACUUGUUUUCUUAGUACCGAGCCUGGGCCUCACCAGAGUCAGUCAACUACACAAAAUAUUCCCUGGAUGUGGGUGUGGAAAUUCUCACUUACUUUGAGGAGUUCUUUAAUAUUUCUUAUCCUCUUCCAAAACAAGGUAGGCCUUAGAACAGUGGUUCUCAACCUUUCUAGUGCCGCGACCCCUUAAUACAGUUUCUCGUGUCGUGGCGACCCCCAGCCACACAAUUAUUUUCAUUGCUACUUCAUAGCUGUAAGAAUAUAUAUUUUCAGAUGGUCUUAGGCGACCCCUGGAAAAGGGUCCCGCGACCCCCAAAAGGGUCGCGACCCACAGGUUGAGAACCGCUGCCUUAGAACAUUAAAAUAAUUAAACAAGGUAUGUUGAAGCUUGAAUCAAAAGAGAGGACAAUAAAAUAUGAACGUUUCGGCUUAGAGCCAUCUUCAGCGAACAGGACAAAUAGAAGUACGGCUUUAAACAGAGCACAGUAAAAACUUUUGAGAUCUUCUUCAUUCAUUCUUUAGAACAUUAAGAGCUGGAAAUGUAUUAAAAUGAAACCAAAAGAAAAAACCUUUAGAUUUAUAAAUAUGGUUAAAUUUAGCAAUUGUGUUUUUUUUAAAAAGACCUUUCUGAUUUAAAAACAAGCUUAAAUUAUUUCUACAGACAUGAUUGCUAUCCCAGAUUUCUCCUCUGGAGCCAUGGAAAAUUGGGGUCUUAUAACAUACAGGUAAUUCAUAAUAUUGCUUGUUAUAAGGGCAUAAGAGAGACACAAAUUUAUUUUUAAAAUCCAUCUAUUUCUAUGGCAUGUUUUCCAAUUGUUGAUAAAACUUUUAGUUUUCCAAAAUAGAUACUUAGAACAUGGUUUAUAAUGGAUUAAAAUAAAAAAGUUGAAGAAAAAAAUCCCCUAAUAAUGUCAUGAUUUUAUUAGGAACCAAUUUUCCAAUAAUAAUUGUUGCCUAUGUCUUACUUAAGAAGAUUUCAAUAUUAUCAAACCCCUGCAAUAGUUAUAUUUACUAAACGGGCAGUUUGUCUGGCUCCGAGUUGCCCAGGGGAUCAGCGCUACUCUAGGGUAUACCUUCGUCCUUCCGUCCACUCUGGAUGAUGACAAGCAAUAAAACAUUAGUUUGCAAAAAACACAGUUCCUUAUUUACACGAUCCUAUCAGCCACACAGGAACUACAAGUUCACAAAACAUCCAGUAAAAUCCUCACUGCUCUGACACUAACACUACUGUGGACACUGCCACUGACAAACGAGCUCUUGCACUAUGGCAGUAAGACACUUGAGAAAUCUCAACCUCACUGCACUCUAACGAUAACUUAACAUAGUGACUCCCACCCUGUGUACACAUCACUUGUUUGUUGACCUUGCAAUACCUGACCAAUCAGAAGUGGCCCUCACAAAACUAUUCCCCAACUUAUGAUCAGCAGAACUUAGCAUACACCACCCGACCAUCCUCACAGACCAGUUCAUAAAAUUAUGUUGUUACUAAAACAAAGCUAAUCCCUAACAAUAUUAUGAUGAUACAAUUAAAAUUUCCCCUGAUAAUUUAAUGCUGUUUUUUUAAGAACAAUUUCAGCUGAUUUUUAAUGUCAUCACUAUGAACUAUUUUACCCAAUUAUUUUAUGAAUCAUUUUAUCUGAAAAUUUCAUGUUAAUACAAACAAUUUUUUAGCUAAUAAUUUUAUGACCUUAAUAUGAAUAACUUUUCCUUUAUGUCAUGAUCAUCCUGAGAACAAGUCCACCUUUUGUAGUUAGCUAUCACAAUCAUUGUUUGCUUCCAAAAAAAAAAAAAAGGGAGACCUCAAUGUUAUACCAAGAAGGUGUCAGCAGUGAAGCUAACAAAGAGAGAGUCGCUGUUAUUGUGUCACAUGAACUUGCCCACCAGGUAUUGAUAAGCUGACAAUUGCAGGGCAAAGUUUAUUAAUACAAAUUACAGAUUUGAUGUCUGAUGAGUUGUUAAAUAUACUCUUGUGAUGUUCGAGGAAUUAUGGCAAGGAAAAUAAAAAUUGUAGGAUGCAGAAAAAGGCAUAACUACUUCAUUUGUGUUGAUGAUAUGGUUAUUAAAUAGUUUUUAAAUCAAGGAUUUAACAAAAAUAUAUAUAUCGUGAGAAUGGAAGUAACAUAUCUAAUUAAAGAUUGAAAUUGACUUUUUUUUAAACUGGUGAUUGUUUAUUAAUAGCCUUAUAUUAAUAGACUUAAGAUAAAAUAAGACUCUUUUAUUGAUCAAAAUAAAUGGAAAUUUGUUACAUUACAGUGUACAUUUUCAUUGUCUGCUCUACAAAUAAAUGUGCAGAAAGAUUACAUUCUAAUUAAGGGAAAAAUUUUAAACCCUUAUGAUAAGCUAUCUCCGCCAUUAAAUGCACUAAAUCAACUCAUCAUAGAAAUGUCUUUAACAUUGCUCCAAUAUCUGUUUGCAGACGUUAGCAAAAAGCUCAAAACAUUUCCUGUUUUUUUCUCUAUUUUGAAAAAAAAAAAAGCUUUUUAAAAAAUAAAAUAUUUUUUACACUUCCUGUCCUUGUCCUCAGUGGUUUGGGAAUCUUGUCAGUCCUGCUUGGUGGGAUGACCUUUGGCUCAAUGAAGGUUUUGCAUCAUUUGUGGAGUUUUUGGGUGUCGACUUUGUGCAUCCAGAAUGGAAUAUGGUUAGUAGGGCAAAAUCUUCAGAUGAUCUUAGAUGAUCUUUGUGCUUAGUUUAUUAGGAUUGCCACUAUUUUGCAGAUUUCGCAAUAAUUUAAAGUUAUUUUUAUGUGAUUAAAAAAUAAAAAUAACAUUGCUCAGUUAUUUGAUAGGAUUUAAUAGCAGUUUUGCUUUUAGUGGCUGGGAUAGGCCUAUAUGUUUUUGAAAGAAUAAAAAGCAAUAAAUGCUUACUAUAUGUCUUGGGCUACUAAUGGUUCCUGAGAUUUAUUGUAAAAAAAAAUACACAACUAUCUGCUACCCUUUAACUACACAAAUAAAGGGAGUUAAUAAUAUUCUUGUUAUGAAGCGUUUUGAGCCUCACAGAACUUACCACAAAUUAAUCAUAAUUGUUCUUGGUAAUUAUUCUCAAGCCUUAAUAUUUAGAAAUUACAAGAAAUAAUUUAUUGUUCUUAUUUUGUUUUCCAGUUUGACAAGUUUGUCAUUGACCAGCUUCAGAAUGCCCUGUCUUAUGACGGCCUGAUUUCUUCUCACCCACUGUACGUUCCUGUUUCUCAUCCUGAUGAAAUUAAUGAAAUCUUUGACACCAUAUCCUAUGCCAAGGUUAGUUUUGGGGAUAGCGAUAAACUCUCAUAAAAUCUGGAUGGACUGUGCUAGACCUUACUGUUUAAUGGGGAGAUAAGCAGUGGAGGGGCAAAAUAGUAAUCCGCCUUUUUUUUUUCCAGCAGAAAAAUAAUCAGAACGUUCAAGAACUCUUAUCCGAUAAUGAGUGGGUAGCUAGGCUGUCAUACGUGCAGACAUUUUUUGCUUUUAAAUGAACUAAACUUAUCCUUGCAAUAACAACUAAAGGACUACGAGUUAAAAUGGAUGCUUUUGAAAAGAAAAUAUUACUGGCGCAACAGAGGCUGGCUGAAGAAUAUCUGCAAAUGUUUUCAAAUUUAUUUUGAUGAAUAUAUAAGAGAAACGAGGUCAGCCUGCUAGUGUUAACUAAUGUUCAACAGAACUUGCAUUCACUGACAGAAUCUUUUGGUCGUGAUUACCUUGAUGAAAGAAGAUCCCAGACCUGGUUAUAUGUGAAUAAUAGAGUCACCUGAAUCAAACCUUGAAGAUGGUAAUUAAGGCAUUAAUUGAAAAUAAAGACUCAUCAAUCUCUCAUCCGACAGCAUUCUCAAUGUUAAAUUCCAGGCAUCCUGAUCAAUUCCUCAAUUGUUUACUCUUCAUAAAUUGUGAAGACCCAUUGAUGAGUGGAAAAGCAAUUAAAAUUUUGAUUCAAUUUACAGCAACGUAUUUGUGCAAAAAGAUAUUUUCAUCUGUCACAGAAAUUAAAACUCACCACUGGUAUAGGCUUGAAAGAAAUAUGUCACUCUGUCUUGCAGUAAUGUCAGUGGAGGAGAAAACUCCAUUAACUUCUUUCAAACAAGCUGGAACAAAUAUCAAAACUUAAACGUAUAAUGCCGUAUUUAUUGGCGUAUAACACGCCCCCGCGUAUAACACGCACCUCAAUUUAAGAAGGAAAUUUCAGGAAAAAAAACUAAACUUUAUAUGGGCAUAUAACACGCACACAUGAUUUGCCCUCUAUUUUCGGGGAGAAAAAGUGCAUAUUAUACGCCAAUAAAUACGGUACUUUAAAUAAGCUUCAAUUAUUUCGUAAUAAUGAAACUUACAUUAAUAAUUUUGAUACAAUAAAUUAAACAACUUUUAAAAAUUUUGUUAUAAUUAAAUAAGCAUUCAUAAUUUUUUAAAUUGAACAGCCGCAUUUCAUAAUAAUAAUGGAAUUUUCUGAUCAUUAACUUUCAAAUUUAUUUAUCUUUUAAAAAUUCACAUUAGUGCUCUGCAGGAUAAAAAAAAUGAAUUUAGUGUUCCGUGAGGUCGGAGACCACCGCUUUAAAGAAAGCAAGUGGCUAAAAUAGCAAAUGCCCAAGAACAUCUUGUUUUUGUCUUACGCUACUACUUUCCUAUUAUUUCAUAGUCUUUCUGCUACAUAAUAUUUACUGUAUUAAUAUGGCGAGAGAAUGUUGUGUUUCCUGUGUGGAAAUGGCUUCUGAUUUCCCCAUGUUUUAUUUUCUAGGGAGCUUCAGUGGUAAGAAUGUUAAGACACUUCCUGGGAUAUGACACGUUCAAGAAAGGAAUGACAGUAAGAUUCACUUAUACUUCCUUAACUUGCUUAGAUUAUGCACACAUUUUAUAUGUGAAAUCUGAAAGAUCAUGUUAAACAGGAAAGAAAAAAAUAAAUCGUCCUGAUCAAAUAUAUGUAGAUAAAGGGAAAAAAACCCCAUUCAAAUGGCAAUUAACCCAUUGCUCCAGGCCAGGUUGUGCUUGCCAGAGCAACAUGGAGAAUUCAGAGGUACUAACAAUGUGUCAUAGAUUUGAAUUUAUGAUAAUUUGAUACCAUAUAUUGUUAUGCACAAAACUUUGCCAAACUUUAGGAAUCGCUUAAACCAUAAUUUUUAAAAUAUUUUUUUCAUCAUCAAGAUUUGCUAACUUGAAAACUAUGAUUAAAACAAAAGAUAUGGCUGCAAUAUUUAAUAACAUCUCAAUCAGAUAAUACUUUCAAUAAUGAUAUGGCUGCAAUAUUUAAUAACAUUAUUAACAUCUCAAUCAGAUAAUACUUCCAAUAACGAUAUGCUGCAAUAUUUCAUAACAUCUCAAUCAGAUAAUACUUCCAAUAACGAUAUUGCUGAACUAUUUAAUAACUUCUCAAUCAGAUAAUACUUCCAAUAAUGAUAUGGCUGCAAUAUUUCAUAACAUCUCAAUCAGAUCAUACUUCCAAUAACGAUAUGGCAUAAACUUUAAAAGAAAAUAUCAUUCAUGUAAGUAUUAUUGAUCUUUCACUGAGCUAAGGCAUAGUCCAGCAGGAAUUGGGCAUCACAAUCCACUGGGGGGCUAGAGCUCUUUUUUUGAGUAAGGACCAAAGACUGUUGCUUUGAAAAAAAUGUUUAAUUUCUCCCAAAUGUUUAUCUUUCUUGUUUUAUUUUUAAAACUGAAAUCUUUGUUAAAAUCUAGUUCCAACCUUGUUUCAGAGAUAUCUAAAAGGAUUAGAGUAUGGUGCAGCUUUUCAUGAUGACCUUUGGAAUGCUCUGAAUCAGGUACAUUUGUAUAUUGUUUCUUUCUUAUAAAAAUAUAAAUAAGAAAUAUUCUGGAAGUAAAUUUUCAUGCUCUACAGCUAAAAAUAUAAUUUUAAAACGUACAGUCAGUUAGGUCAUACAUGAGUUAACUUUGAUUAACAAUAAAUUGAUUUAGCAUGGACUAAAUUUCAUACUAAAUAAGAGAGUGAAUAAAUUAUAUAAGCGUAACUGCAAAUUGUAAAUAAAUUUUAAAAAUCUAGUAUUAUACUUGAUUUUCCUUAAAUAAUGUAAGCUGAAAGAAUUGAUCGAAGUUGCCAAGUAUUCUUUGAAAUCCUAGCAAGCACGAGAGGAUGGAAAGAACAUCCAGGUGAAGGCCAUCAUGGACACUUGGACACUUCAGAUGAACUUUCCCUUGGUAACUGUGACAAGAUUAUUCUCUAGUGCGGACACUGUCGUUGUAUCUCAGGAGAGAUAUCUGGAGGAUCGGGAUGCACCUGAGCUGGGACAGUUUGUGUCUCCGUUCAAGUAUGUUUCCAUACAACAGGAAUAUAUGUUGGGAAUAAAUCUUUAGCACAUAAAUGUAUGUUGGGAAUAAAUCUUUAGCACAUAAAUAUAUGUUGGCUAUAUUUCUUUCCUUCCUGAAGAAUGAACAUUAUUUAUUAAUAAAUUGAAUUUGAUAAUUCUAGUUUUGAAACAAACUAUUGUAGGAAAAUUAUGAAUACAGUUUUAAGUGAUAAAAUAAUGAUUCUUUUAUGAAAUAAUCAUAAAAUGAUACUUGGUAGAGAUUGUGCUUGUCCAGCUGUAUCAUUGUUUGUAUUGUUCACUUUUAUGUAGAAACAUUUCACAGCAAAAAAUUAAUUUAUUCACAAAUUCCUCACUAUAGAGAGUAAAUACUAUUUAAUUUAUUCAUCUAUCUAAGUGUUGGUAUAUUAUGAACCAUACAUAAUAGUAAUUAAAGAGGGUUACAACAAAAUUAAGCGUUAAAGUCUUAGAUAUCUUAUGUGUCUUUCAAUCCACAACUAAAAGUUAAAAAUAUUUUUUGAUAUCAUUAAUAUAAACCUUAUCUUGCAGCCAUGUGCGGUAAAAAUAUCUUUUAAGGAAUUAUAUUUUAUCACAACUUAAAACACAGCCUAAUAAUUGUGUAUCAUCUUGACUUGUGUUUACAAUCCACAGCUACACAUGGACCAUUCCAAUUACAUUCACCACCAGCAACAACCCAAUCUUCAAUCAGACGGACAGAGAUGUUCAAUGGCUGACUAGAUUUGAGAGAUUCAGUAAGUCAUUAUAAACCUGACUUGUCCAAAUACCUUUAGGGCUGCUAACUGUGACCAUGAAAAAGAAUUUUCUCAAAAGUUAAAAAUGGAGGUUACAACCAAAUUUCAAAACAAAAGUAGAUUUCACACAAUUCUUAGAGUAUUCAAUUUAAAUUUAGAAACAACCUGGUUUGUCAUUGAAAUUCUAUUUUAUUUAUGCAAUACUCUACUUCAACUUUGAUGCAAUUAGAAACAAAGGUUCAACCAUUUUCAAAGAAAAUAUUUAUAUAAAAAUGGCAAGGCCUUAGAAAAACUAUAAGAAAGUUUUUUUCUGUACAAGCCUUAUAAAAUAAAUCAUAUAGUAUGAGGUUUAGAAAUGAGUGUAUCAUAUUGGUUGAUGGUAACACUAUCUCACUGCUGUCUCAACCAGGGACUUUGACACUAGGAGUUGGAAAUUUUCCAAUUUACAAUAAGACCAACAACACAUUUGAUCCCACCGCAACGGAGACCGACUGGAUCCUUGCUAAUAUUGAACAGAAUGGAUAUUACAGAGUCAACUAUCAGUUGUCCAAUUGGAGGGCACUAGCCCUUCAGCUCAAGGCUGACCACCAGGUGAAUUAUGUGCUCUUCCUGGUUAUAUUUUCAGUAAUAAGACAGACAAGCAAUGAAGUUUAAUGGUGUUUAUUUUAAAUUAGUUAACACUGUAAAUAAAUGUAAAGUAAAAUUUUAACAAAUUGUUUAUUGCAUAGAUAUUUUUUUGCAGAGGUUCAGGACGCUACUAAUGACCUGUAGUUAAAACUGAAAAAAAUCAUAUUUUUUUGAUAAUUGAAAAAAGAAACAGGCUCAUUUGCCACUGACUUACUUAAUGCCAUUAACUCUUUGACUCCCUUGAGCUGCCUGAACUGGCUCACUGAUUUUCAAUUUCUGUCCCAUAAGCCGACUUCUACGGCUCGCGAUUUAAUAAUAAUUUUGUAAAAAGAUGAAAGGGAUUGGUUUCACCUUGCUGUGUUUGUUGAGCCCAUUUGCUUGUGAUUCCAUAAGCUGUUUCAUGUUUACAGCUAAUUUAAUUUAUUUUGUAUAGAAUUUUUUAGUGUUUGUUUUCUGAUUGAGCCAAGCGGCUCAGGCUCAAGGAACAUGCCCCUAUUAGAGAUUUACUACUGGUGAAGCUCUAGAAUUAAUUCAGAUAUUGCAUUGAUAAAAGAAAUAAUUAGUUUUACACCUUAGGCCUCUGAAUAAGAAAAAUGUCAACAACCAUAUGUUGAAAGUUGGUGAACUAAUGUAUUAUCCGGGACCUUCAGGAAAAGGGGCAUUGCCUUGAGAUAAAGGUUGAACACAUGCAAGCACAUGCUAGAUGAUUAAUUAUACAAUUUUUAUAAAACUGCCAAACUUGAACUAUUUACUGAUUUUGAGACUGGCACUAUCACUAGUGGUAAGGUUAUAAUGGAACAAGGUAUGUGGAAGCUUGAAAUAUAAAGACAGGACAAUAAAUGAAGAAUGUUUCGGAAAGCUCUUAUCAAAGUGAUUUCAUAGAAAAGUACAUUCAAUUUCAUUUCCAUUUAUAUCCAUCACUUGGGGCCUAUCUCUUAUAUUAAUCUCAGGAUUUAAGUGAUUACAGUGGUCUAGUUUUCAUUCUUUAUCUGAAAGUGCUUGGUAAAACAGUGGAAAUAACACCCCCUCCACCCUCCCCUUUCCAGGAGUCAAAGAUUUCAAAUAAAAUAAGGAAUAUUUAAAAUUGUACAUUUAUUUGUGUACAAAUUACAAUUAACCAAGGCCAGGCCUAUAUUCAAUCUUAAAUUAAAAACAUCAAAACACAUUUUAAACAUUUUUUUGCCCGUUUAAAAAAAAAAAGUAAAGUUUUAAAUAAAAUGAAAAAGAUGUCAUCGUUGAUUAACUUAAUAAUCAAGUUUUCAAGACUUGAGGUAACAGGGAAUUAGAUGGGAUUUUGAUUAUCAAAUACAUGUCAUCACUCUUAUAAUGGAGAACUAUUUUCUUUAUCGCAAACAGGUGAUACCAGUAAUCAACAGAGCACAGCUUAUCAAUGACGUUUGGAACCUUGCCAAGUGAGGGAAUAUUAAUAGGCCCUCUAUAAUCUUACACCCAUGUCAUAUGAACCUUUUCAUGUGGCAGAAAAUGGUCAAUAGAAGCUGUUCACACAAAAACUGCACGGUUAUUUAUACAAUUAUUUAAACAUAUAGUGAGCAUUGCUUAUAAAAGUCAAUGCCACCUCUUUUAAAAAGAAAAAGUUCACCAUAGUAAUCCCUAAUAUAGGCUACAUUUGUACAUGAUUAAUAAGUUUAUAGAUUGGCCUAAUAAAAUACAUUUUUAAGUCAUUUUCUUUACAUUACAAAAAAUGUCCCUAUUUCAAAUGCACUAAAAAAAUAAUUAAAUGCAGUAAACUACAAUGUUAAACUAUUAUGUCUCACUUUGAUGACUUAAUAUGUCAAUUAUACAAAUAUAAAAUUAUAAAUUUAUUAUUGAUUUAUUAAUUGUGUCAAGUAUCUUUUAGUUUACUUGAUAAUUAUUUAUUAGUAAUCAUUAGUAAAUAUUUAAAAUUGUAAGUACAUACCUAUUGGAACUUGUAAAGGGAGUAUACACCAAAGUUUGAUAGGGGAAAAACUUCUUCUGACAUUUAAUUCCUUUAGUAUUGUGUAAAAUUUCAGUUAACCCGAAAGUGUAAUGAUUUUUAAAUACAAAUAUUCUUUCUAUCAAAAAUGAUUAUUUAAGCUUAAUACUACUUCAGGCGUAAUACUACUUCAUGCUUAAUACAACUUCAAGCAUAAUACUACUUCAAGCUUAAUACUACUUGAAGCUUAAAAAAAUAUAAUAAAAAAUUCUGUAAACCAAAAUAGUCAGGUCUUGUGGUUUCAACAUGAAUAACAUUACAGGGCCAAUUAUCUUGGACUUGAGACAGCUUUUAUGAUGAUCGACUACCUUGACAGUGAACGUGAGUAUGUCCCAUGGGCUGCUGCACGCCGUGAGCUGGCGUAUGUUACCAGGAUGUUGUCAAAUAGUAGAAUAAAUGAGACCUUCCAGGUGAGGACAUUUAUGCCUAUCAUCAAAACUUGUUGUGCAAGUGGUAUAUUUUCUAUCUGUUUUCUUACUUUUUUAAAUUUCAUUUUAUUUUAUUAUCUUAUUUUUUUUAAUUUCCAGCCACAUAAUCUUGUUACUGUAGAAUUAAAAAAAACAUGAAAAAUUUCAUACCCGCGCUAUCAGAUCUACUUUUUUAAAAUAAUGAGCGAUAGAAAAAAAACAACCUGACAAUGUUGAAACUUCUAUAUUACAGAAAUUCAUGCAGAGCAAAGUCAAUGAGUCCUACAAUUACUUUGGAUUAAACAACACUGGAGCCAGCCAUAAUGAUGUGUGAGUUUCCCGAUCAGCUCAUGUAUAACACAAACAGACUGUAACAAUAUUAUUGGCCCCUAUCUUCACAUCUUCUGACAGAUUUAAAUGACAAGUGGGUUGGUGGCUUUCCAAUUCAUCUUCAUCUUUGCAGUUACAAAAAAACAACAAAAAAACAACAACAAAAAAAACAACAAACAAAACAACAAAACAAACCAAAAAACUGGCCAUCUUCAUGAAACUUUGAUGUAGUUUUUGUUGUAGGCCUGCAGGGUGCCAUCUGGAAUGAUACAUGAGAUUGAGAAGAAACUGAGAAAAAAAUAUAUCAAGUGUCUAGGGAGCAAUUUGGGGCAGGUGGUAGUUGUGGGUUGUACUCAUUUACUGUGGGAAUUAUCCCAAUGGGGACUGGGCCAUCUUUCUAUUUUUUAAAAAAAAAUUAUCUCCCUGUUUGAUGCAGAGGAAUUUCCUUGUUAAUUUACCUUAUCUGCCUCUCUUAAACUCAACACAAGCUCAAGUCCUACAACCAUGAUAUAAACAUUGUAAUAAAUGGUGACAGUACUAUAACUAAGAAUUUUAAUAGGGUCGGACUGCUAUAAUACCUUAGAUAGAUUAAGAAGAUACCCUACAAACCAUUUGUGUAAGUAAAACAUUAGAGUUAAGCUUUAAUUAUGGGAUACGAUUUAUUCCUUUAAUUAAAAGUGCAGCCAUACUACACUGUUUUAUUUAAAAGAUAAAUAAAUGUUUUGCUUUUAAAUGCAGCCAAUAACUGCCAUUCAUUUAGAGAUACCAAAAGCAUACAGUCCUCUUGAUUCGUCCUUCCGUCACUGGUCCUCAUUAUUAAUGUCCAAACAUCUCGAGCAGUGUGAGAGUUACGUGUCAUGUUUAUGUAAACAUUGCCACCUUUACAGGUCAGCUCGUGGACUUUUUGCCAGUGAGGCUUGCAAGUAUGAUAUCCAAGCCUGCAUGGACACAGCCCGCACACAGUUCCAGCAGUGGAUGAAUAAUCCCAGUAAUAAUCCGUAGGUGUCUUGAAGUUUCUUAAUUUUUAACACUUUACCCUGGUGGCUCGCAGCUGAUGUCGUUCAUAUUAGUGCAAUAAGUAGCCAGGUGCAAUAAGUAACCAGGGCUGGCUUUUCACUUGGCACGCAGUGUUUGAAAAAUUACUUCAAUAAUGUCUUCAAAAUUGUCAUGGGUUCAAAAUUUUAAGUUUAUCAGAAUAUUUUUGUAUUUUUCUGUUCCCAAACGCUUAUGUUUUUAAUUAAAUGCAGAAAAUGUAUAUGUAUAAAAAUGUACCAAAAAAUGAAUUUCCAUGUUUUGGAUCAAUAAAAAGAAUCUUAAUCAUAAAUGAGACAGGAAAAAAUUGCAAGCUCAAAGUCAUAACAAUUUGGAAUGCUAUAUUAUUGAUUCUUAUUAUAAACUACCCUUACCCUGCAAAACAAGGAUGGUAGCAAAACAUGAAUUUCCCAAUCUACUAAAGUUAUGUCACAAAAUACGCAUUCAAGGAACACACUUUAUAAGAUUCCUACUUAGUGCUACUUCCCCACUCCCCUGAACUUUAUUCAUUUUCUAUUGUCCCACCCCGUUUACACCUGCAGAUUUAUAACACCCAACUAUUUCCAUGAAACAAAAGAAAAGCACUCUUGCUGUCUUGUGUCAAACCGUAUUGCUCUAACGCUAACCAUUUUACAUGUAACUUAUGUCACAGUAGAGACAAAGAGAAACACUGCAUUUCGUAUUACAGUAUCUGAAAAUGCUCAUUAGAUAUAAAAAAAAUGAACCGUUUCAGUUUAACUUCACCUCAUUUGCAUUGCAGUGCUGUAGAAGUAUCUUUUUUUUGCACCACAGAAUCUCCAGAUAGUAAGAGUUUUUAGACACAAUGUCAGAUCACCCCUUCCAUUAUUCAUCAAUGUCAUAGUUCAUCGUCAUAAUCAUCCUCUCAAAUCCAGCAACCACUGGGGGUGGUGCCCUAUAGCCCCAAUCCAGCAACCUACGGGGGUAGUGCCCUAUAGCCCCAAUCCAGCAACCUACGGCGGUAGUGCCCUAUAGCCCCAAUCCAGCAACCACCAGGGGUAGUGCCCUAUAGCCCCAAUCCAGCAACCACCUGGGGUAGUGCCCUAUAGCCCCAAUCCAGCACCACCUGGGGUAGUGUUUUAUAGCCCCAAUCCAGCAACCACCGGGGGUAGUGCCCUAUAGCCCCAAUCCAGCAACCACCUGGGUUAGUGCCCUAUAGCCCCAAUCCAGCAACCACCAGGGGUAGUGCCAUAUAGCCCCAAUCCAGCAACCUACGGGGGUAGUGCCCUAUAGCCCCAAUCCAGCAACCACCUGGGGUAGUGCCCUUAAGCCCCAAUCCAGCAACCACCUGGGCUAGUGCCCUUUUGCCUACUUACCGUUAGUCUAGUGCCCUUUGGUCUAUCACUUAGGUCAAGCCAGUUAAGUUUAUCUACCCUUUGGCCAUUUAAUUAAAAAAAAUUGGUUUUGAUUUUUCAUUAAUAUAUUUUCAACUUUAUCUUUUUAAAACUGACAAAUCAAUUUCAGGAUUGACCCCAACCUCAGAGGAACAGUUUACUGCUACGGCAUAGCAGCUGGCGGGGAUACAGAAUGGAACUUUGGGUUAGAGGUUAGUGACAUUUGUUUCUCCCUCAAGUCCAUGGGAUUGUUUGUUGUUAUGUUGUUCCUUAAGGCACACUUUAAGCUGAUUGUUUAGGACAGUGGUUCUCAACCUUCCUAAUGCAGCGACCCUGUAAUACAGUUCCUCAUGUUGUGGUGACCCCCAGCCACAAAAUUAUUUUCGUUGCUACUUCAUUACUGUAGAGCAUAUGUGUUUCAGAUGGGAAAGGGUCUUGAGAACCCCCAAAGGGGUCGCGACCCACAGGUUGAGAACCGCUGGUUUAGGAUAUACAUUUUUUUGUGAGAAAAAAAAAAGAUAGUGCUUUGAUAAUACUAUAAGAAACUCAUACAAUAUCAACUCUUUUAUUAUUUCUAUAACAAGUUGCUCAUUAAUUAAAUAACAGCUGUUCACUAUUUCUAUAACAAAUUGUUCACUAAAAACCAGUGGUUUUGUUACCUUAGUUUACCUUGCAUUACACUAUAACUAAUUACUAAAAUUCUUCAACACAUCUCAUGUAUGUAUCUAGGAAAUAUUGUCACUGUCUGUAAUGAUAAGCCUCAAGGUGAAUAGACAUUUUAAUAUUAUACUAGUGCAUGAUAUUAUGUGUUCCCCAUUAUUUUAAUACAAUGUGUCCAUUGCUUAUCUCCAGAUGUACAGAACCAUUGAGUCAGCAUCAGAAAAGUCCAACCUUCUCAAUGCGUUGUCAUGUUCUAAGAGCCCAGAGACACUGAACAAGUAUGAGUUUAAUAUUUUACUCACAACCUGUUUCACCCUGUUUCAAAACACAUUUUUAGAAGGUGCAUUUUAUAGCAAUUAUUUGGUCACCUAGUCACAUUUGUUUUUCACUCAAUCUACUGAGUCACACGCAUGCUGACAACAACUGCUACCAAAUCAGGAUUGUAUUUCUAAGGUUUGAUCAAUUUUAAGUAAUUUCAAGUUCAGAUAGUUGCAGCAUGGUAAAUGGAAAUCCUAGUUGUCUGUGAUGAAGAGUGUGAAAUGUAUCAUCCAUGGAAUUUCACCCUGCCAAGUGCCAGACACUAUCAGUCUCUAGAAGUUGUACUCCUCUAUACUACCAAGUUUCCUCCGUAAAGUACCUGGGUGUUACCAUUCAAAGAGACGUCCGCUGGGACGAGCAUAUUAACAAUGUAUGUAACCAAUCAAACAAGGCCCUAGGGUUCUUAAGGCGAAAUCUAAAGAUUGGCGACUCCUGUGUGAAAGAAAGAGCAUAUAAAGCCUUUAUCCGUCCGAUUUUAGAUUAUGCAUCUGCAGUCUGGGACCCAUUUACCCAGAAGAGCAUUGACAGGUUGGAGGCGGUCCAGCGAUGAGCCGCACGCUUUGUCCUGCACCGCUACAGGAAUACCUCUAGCAUGCUGGAAACACUAGGCUGGUCACCAUUGGAGAAACGACGACGACAAUCCAGGCUCUCCAUGAUGUGCAAGAUAAAUAAUGGGCUUGUCCACUGUUCCGGCAUUAAACAGAAACUCGUCCCUCUCCCCCAUAGACAGCGACGAGGCCAUGACAGGCAAUUCAGGCUCAUACUCAUACCAGCAAGAAGCCAGUAUAGGAGCUGCUCAUUCGUGCCCAAGACAAUCAGGGACUGGAACAAUCUUUCAAAAGGAACAGUUGAGGCGACAACACUAGACACAUUUGUGUCUAUUGGCUCAAGCCUUCAAACGCCUAGUGCAUGAUUUGCUCACAAAGUGGCACUGGAAAUCUGUGAAAUUUCCUCAUCAACACCAGGAACAGAAACAUUGCAAAUCUCAUCUACAUGCAUAGGAGCCAAAAUGAUCAAUAAAUUGAUCGUGGGCCCUUAAGAUAUAGAAGAAGAAGAAAUAACAUUUUGGUGUAUUAAAUUAACAUAUAGGUGUAUUGAAAAUAACAUGUAAGUAUAAUGAAAUAGCAUGUGGGUAGGUAUAUACGAAAGAUGCUUUUAUUGAUCCAAAUAAAUGGAAAUGAUUUUUUGAUUAAAUUGUACAUAUUUAUUUUCAACGCAUAAAUAAAUACAUAUUUUAACCAACAUUUUACAAUUAGAAAAAUUUAAAGUCAAGACAUCUAAAUUAUUUCUCUAGCGCAAAAUUCAGCAUCAUGUACUAGAAUGAAAAAAACUUUCUUAAUGACAAUGACUUAAAUUAAUGACCAUUUACGUAUUGUAACCACUGGGGGGGGAGCACUCUGGUAAAUUCGUACAGGCUAACGUUAAGGGAAAGAAUUCCAGCUAAUCCUAGUUGUCUGUGAUGAAGAGUGUGAAAUGUAUCAUCCAAAUGUUUUUUUUUAGUUUUACUCAUGGGUAGGUAUAUUGAAACCGAGCAAUUUGGUAAGGUAACUUUAAAAUACAACAAAAAAAAUUGAAAAGUAUAAAGAAUAUAAUGCGCUGGGUAGAUAGGUAUAUGCCAGGGCCCAAAAGACUAGACCAAAUAAUAUGCAUAUGGCAGAAAGUUAAAACACAAAAUAGGUAGAUUCCACCCACAGGGUACUGUUUAGGUUAAAAUUUUAAAAAAUGACCAAAUAUAAAGACUAUAACAUGCUGGGUAGAUGAGGAGAAUACCAAUGCCCAAUAGGCUAAACCAAAUAGUAUGCGUAUCCCAGAAAUUUAAAACCCAAAAUGGGUGGAUCCAUGGGAUACAGUGAAAGUUAAAAUUUAAAAAAAAACAAAGGCUAUAGAGAAAAGACUAAGACUACUGUGUAUAUAAAAUAGCUCUAACGCCAAUCAUUAACUCUUAUGCCAACCAUUUAGCUCAAACGCCAACUAUAUAGCUCUAACGCCAAUCAUUUUACAUGUAAUUUAUGUCACAGUAGAGACAAAGAGAAACACUGCAUUCAUAUUGGAAGUAAAUUUACUUUGAAUUAAACCAGCACCAUGUCCAUAUUCCAGUUACAUGGCGCUUAUCUUAACCAAUGACCCACCAAUCAGGAGACAGGAUGCUCUUAGCGUGAUCAGGUUUGUUGCAUCCAAUACUGUUGGUCGCUUGUUGGCCUGGGACUUUUUCACAACAAAUUUCAUGGAGAUUAAAACAAGGUCAGUCACUUACAAAUAUUUCAUACAUUCAUUGCUGAGGAAUUCCUUCGGUAAAACUUUGUUUACCUAAAUGUGCUAGAAGCUAUUGUUUAUUUUAAAAGAAGGAAACUCAUGUGAAAACAUUCACUUAAAUAUUGAUAUAAUUAUUUUUUUUAUAAUUUUGUAAUACUUUCUCUUUUUUUUUUAGUGCCACACCCAAAAUAAUAAUAAUUUUUAAACCUAUUCACAUUAUAAAAUUAUAUGAAAGCCCCUUCAAUCCCCCCCCCCCUCCUUUUUUUUCGAUUAAAGCAUUGGUUUUAGUAGGUCAAGAAGAAAAACAAGUCACAAAAACAAAAGAUUACAGGUUGUGUUUGUGAAUUUGUACUCAUGCAAUGACAAGCCAUUUAAUUUUUCUCCUAAAAGGUAUGAAAGUGCACUUUUUGCUUGGAUAAGUCUGAUGGAUGGAGUCACUAGGGCCCUGAACACAGCAUCUGAACUUGAACAGGUUAGUUACAGCUUUUUAUAUGUGUACAUUUAUGAAGUGGUCUAUUAGGUUUCCAUGGUAUCACCAUAUAAUAAAUAUUUAUCAUUAAAUUAAAAAAAAAAAAAAGCCAAAGAAGAUUAACUCUUCAUUAUAAUUUUAAAAAGGGAGCGUGAGCCAUUCAGAACCGAGGUGCUAGCCACAACUGGCUCCCGAGCCAUAGUUUGCCCUCCCCUGACCGAGGUAGUUGUAAGAUAAGGGUUCUUCAUGACAACAGUAGACAAUGAAAGAGUUGAGGGGUCGGCAGACAGUUAUAAGAGGCACUACCACUUCUCAGGCCUACAAGUGCAAGGCCAUUAAUUUAAUGCCAUAAUGUCAUUUAGAAAUCCCUUGACCAGUACUGGACACCCAUUUCAUAAUUCUUCUGUACGCACAGGUCAAAGAAUUUUACACAAGACAAGAGGGUAACUUUGGAACUGGAGAGAGGGCCUUCCAGCAGGCCAUUGAAAAGGUCACUACAAAUGUCAACUGGAUGACAAAGAAUGAGCCUGUCAUAGAAACUUGGCUACGUGUUGCAGGUUAUCAUGAGUCAAGAUAACACGUCUCACUGCUGUGUUUUUUUGUUUUUUUUCAGUACUUAAAAAAUAAUAAUUCAGAAAUCCAUUUUUAAAAAAUCACUUGGGAAGAUAUGGGCUUCUACGUUUUUGCUUUGAAUUUUUUUUUUUCAAUAGGGUUUCUUAAAAACAUGAUAUUCUUUUGUCAAAGAAUGAAAAAAAAAGAAGUGACAGUGCUUAGAGUUAGGUAUUAAACAAUUAAUGUUGUUGGCAAUGUGUGUUCCAAAGUCUAGAACUAUGUGCACAUUAACAUCGUUUUUGUCAAAGAAAGAAACACAAGAUCUCCAUGGAAAAUUAUUGUGAUUUAGUCUGUUUCUUUUAAAUAUAUGAAAAGUGAAAUUAAUUUUUCUAGCACUGAUUGUCUUUUUACAGUUGCAUGGACACAUUUCGAGGUACAACGUAUAGAGUUAAAUAUAAAUAGACAGUACGUUUUUAAUAUUUAUCAAUUAAGUUAACUCUUUUUUUUUUUUUGUACAGGAAUAGAUGAUGCAAUGUAUUUGUAUUUUAAAUUAACUCAUUAUGCAAGAGAAUGAAUCUAUUUGUAGUUUUUAAAUGAAAAUUAUUAAUUAGAUCAUUUUCUUUCUGAAUCAAAAGUAAGAUUUUCUGUUUAAACAUUACAAUAUGCUAAUUAAUGAUUUGUGACCUUUGAUAAGCUAAUCAGAUGGUUUAUAUAUAUGUAUGUGUGUAUGUAUAUAUAUAUAUAUAAAUAUAUAUAUAUAUAGGCUACAUAUAAUAAAAAUAAUAAUAAUAAUAAUAAAGUUUAUUUCAAAAACACGCUUCAUCCCCAAAGGCUCAAAGCGCAGUACAAAGUCAACAAAAAACAAAUCUAUAAUUUACCACAUUUAAAACAAACACAACACUACAAAUACUAAUUACAAGCAUACCAAGUCAAAGUCUUUGUAGCCAUUUCAACCCUAAGCAACACAGCCAAUAUGCAUUAACUGGAAAAUAUGGUAGACAAUCAUCCCAAAAUGUGUUUGCGAAAUAGAUGUGUCUUUUUUUUUGUAUGCUAAUUUUGUCAUCUAAAUACUUUUCCAGUUAACAUUUUAAAAGAAUGUUAUUUCAUUUAAAUCUACCGGUACUAUUACUCAUUUGAAAUUAAAUAUUUUUGUAAAUAAA